AUAGUUUUCACAUCUACAACCCAGCAUGCACAGACGCCUUCAGGCAUAGUAGGGAGUGCACGCGCGAACCAUGUUCCGAAAAUUUUCGAUAGAAGAACUAGCCGUGAUGGCAAUUUUACUAGAAGAAGAAGAAUCAGGUUGUGUAGAAAAGCAACUAAAAAAAAGAAGGUUUGCUGUUCAUCCCAUGAAUGUAAAACGAAAGAAAGAAGGAGAAUUCUACACAUUAUUCAAGGAGCUUGUGGACGAUGAGGAGAGAUUUUUGAAAUAUUUUAGGAUGAGUAAAUAUGAGUUCGAGACCAUUGUAACUAAAAUUAAACCAAUGAUAACUAAGCAAGACACAAAGUUCAAGGAGUCUUUAUCGCCUAGAGAAAAAGUAGCCGUUUGUUUGAGAUUUUUGGCAACCGGAGACUCCUACCUAACUAUAGCGUACAGUUAUCGACUUGGUGUGAGCACUGUGCAUAAUAUAAUUGUAGAAGUAUGUACUGCUAUCAUAAAAGAAAUGACAGAAGAAUGCAUGCCAACACCUACCAAAAAAAAAUGGUUAAAGAUAUCAGAGGAAUUUUGGCACGUAUGGAACUUUCCCAAUUGCCUUGGUGCCAUCGAUGGCAAACACGUCGUCAUAACGGCUCCAGCUAACAGUGGAUCUCUUUAUUUUAACUAUAAAAAAACUUUUUCAAUUGUACUGAUGGCAAUCGUUGAUGCCAAUUAUAAAUUUAUAUGUGUGGAUAUAGGUGCGUAUGGCAAAAAUAGUGACGGGGGAAUAUUCUCUAAUUCAAUCAUCGGAAAAGCUUUACCGGCAGAUACUUUAAAUGUACCAGAAGAAAAAUAUCUACCUGGCACUGAAAUACUAAUGCCGCAUGUCAUUAUAGGAGAUGAAGCGUUUCCUCUAAAAACAUAUUUAAUGCGACCUUACCCACAGCCGCAAACACAUGUGCAGUGCAAAAGAAAUUUCAAUGACAGAUUGUCACGUGCAAGAAAGGUAGUAGAAAAUACUUUUGGACAAUUGGCACAAAAGUUUCGUUUAUACAAUAGAAGAAUCCAACUCAAACCCGAAAAUGCAGACAAAGUAAUUAUGACUACAUGUAUUCUGCACAACUUUAUAAAAUAUAACAACGCCCAUGCCAGAGAAAAUACAGCAGUUAGUAAUUUGAAAGGCUUACCAAGACAAGGCGGAAGUAGUCAAUCUACCGCUUUUGAUGUCAGAAACAAACUUGCUCUGUUUUUUGAUUCACCUGCAGGAGCAAUGUAAACAAUAAUAAUGUUUUUUCUUAAAUACAUUUCUAUUUACCUCUUACUUGAAGUUUUUUUGCUAUUUCUUUCCACGCG